GUCCGUUUACAGAAUAACUUGCAGCAUCAUACAUGAAAUAAAUCUUAUCCGCAAUAUCAUAUUGUCAUUAUCAUAAAAUUGUACAUAGAGAUCUAAAACCUGAAAAUAUCCUUUUCGAUACUUAAUAAGGUACAAGUAAUUUAAAAAUAAUAGACUUUGGGGCAUCUGCGAUUUUAAAAAAUGACUAAAAACUAACUCAAACUAUAGGAACACCAUACUAUGUAGCUCCUGAGAUUCUAAAAGAAGAGCCUUAUGACGAAAAAUGUGAUGUCUGGUCUUUAGGAGUUAUUCUAUAUAUUAUGUUAUGUGGGUAUCCACCUUUUUAUGCAGAUUCAGAUUUUGAAAUUUAUUAAAAAAUUAAAUCCGCAUAAGUUUAGUUUCAUAAAAAAGAUUGGAAAUAUAUAUCUUCUUAAGCUAAAGAUUUAAUUUCUAAAAUGCUCACUUUAAACCCUUAAAAUAGAAUUAGUGCAGCAGAAGCAUAAGCUCAUCCAUGGAUAACCAAUAAUAUCCAUAUAGAAUAACUAGAUGAUAAAAUGAUGAAAAAGCUUACUUAAUUUACUGCUAAAAACAAACUUAGAAUUGCUAUUUUAUAACUAAUGGUUAAUUAAGUUAUAAAUACUUAAGAAAAAAAAGAUAUGAUAAAGUACUUUUAAGCUUUAGAUACUAAUGGAGAUGGAAUGCUUUCAAAAAAAGAAUUAGUUUAAGGUUUAUUUUAUUUUUAUGAAUAAUAAUAUACAAAAAUAAAUAUAGGAUAUAUUAAGUUUAUAAAAGAUCCUAUAAAAGCUAAAAAAAUAGUAGAUUAAGUUUUUAAUUAAUUAGAUUAAGAUGGAAGUGGAAAAAUAGAAUUUACAGAGUUUCUAGUUAUUUCUCUUUAAUAAGAAAAAUUGUAUUCAAAAGAAAAAAUUGAAAAAGCAUUUAAAUUAAUAGAUUAAGAUGGAAAUGGUUAAAUUACUAAAAAUGAACUAGAAAGUAUGAUGGGCGGAAUUCCAAUAAAUUAAUAAAUUUGGAAUAAUCUUAUGAAAGAUUGUGAUUUAAAUAAUGAUGGAAUGAUAUCUUUAAGUGAAUUUAUUAAUUUACUAAUAAAUAUAGCAAAUAAAGAAUUAGUUAAUUGA